UAAAUAUAAAUCAAUUAUACGAGCCCGCGAUUUCUCCAUAGCAACGUCGAUAGCAACCAAGCUAUUAGAACAUAAUUUGGCAGGAUAAAGUCAAUAAAACUCUAUAAAAAAUGCUAUAAAAGUAUUUCCAUGUAUUCUCAUGGACGAAUACAGGUAUAAUAGUUUAUUUAAUGGUUUAAAUUUUGUUUACAUUCAUGGUUUUGUAUUAAUCUGACAUAAUUUUGACACAUUUUCUCAGUCAUGGUCCAGUCCAAAUGGUCGAAGCAGCCAGAACUAUUGAAAGAUGUUGGUGUUCAUAUAGAGAUAAACAGAUAUUUAAAUUGUUGAAAUAUGCAAUAUGUGCUGCGGUAUGUAUCUGGUUUGAGUGUAUAUUUAUUGAGAUGAAUGAAGAUUUAUUAAAACAAUUGCAAUACAAUAAUUACUAUUAAUAAAUUUAAUAAUAUAAGCUACUAAUAAUAAUAAUAAUAAUAAUAAUUCAAUUCCCAUAGUUACAUAUUCAAUUCAAUAGUUACAAUUAUUCAAUUACAAUUAUUCAAUUACAAUUCAAUAGUUACAAUUAUUAUUUAGUUAUAUUAUUCAAUAGUUACAUAUGCUACCUGCUGAAAUUGUCAACUGUUUAAAUAAGUUAUUAAACAAUAUUGGAGUUCAAUAGACAUUAUAGAGACAAAGACUCAAUAAGUUAUUAAAUGGUAUUGGAGUUCCACUGUGAGAGUUGAAUAUGUCACAGGUUGAAGGUGAUUGAUGCAGGCUUGCUUGACUUUAUUGUUUGGCUACCUCGCACACACAGCAGUUGCGCUCUAAGCAGUAACACAUCAACACAAUCGUUUUCUUAGCCAGCUCAUCACUAUAGAGUGUGCCAAAUUCUUCUUUACGGCAACCGUUUCUCCCAAAAGUGACAGCUAGGAUAUGAUGAGUCUCUCCAUGGGCGUACUGGAAGGAAAAAAUUAGAGGGGGCGGAAAGAAAUUUGCCCGACUUUUUCGGAUUGUGCCCGACCAGUGCUGAAAAAGUUUUUUCCGGAACAAAUUAAUUUUGUCGCCAAAAAAAUUUCGGUCAGUGUACCAUUUUAGGGGUCCAAAAUUUUUUCGGACAUACCAAAAUUUUUCGGAACAUACAAUUUUCCAGACAUCAUAAAAUUGACCACAAAAUUGACAGAAUUUCCCACAAAAUUGACAGAAUUUGUCACAUUUAUUUUUAUAAUAAACCAAUAUUGCCCGACUGUGGAGCGAAUAUUGCCCGACUGGCUUUGUUUGCCCAACAAACUGGGGGGGCUGCCGCCCUACCCCCGCCCGGUACGCCCAUGAGUCUCUCUCUGUGCCAUGGUUUACCACAGUAUAGUUUAAUUAGUCCUUAUGUUACGAAGGUUAACUCCAGUUCUUUUAACAUCUGCACAUUUUCGAGAAAAUCGUACAAAAUCUGCAUAUUUUUUAUGAACUACCGUAAUGAUUUAUUUUGUCUCUUACUGUCGUGUUGGGCCUAAUUGCGAAAACAGGUAGAGAAUUAUUAAGAGAAAGCUCUGAAAAUGCCAUUUCAGAUGAUUUAGAGAUGCCAACUAUGCUUGACACCAACCAUGGUGGCACCUUGUGGAGUUAUAUGCAACCAUUCCCACAUGUAACCGCGCUGCCAUGCCAUGAUUUGUCAUCAAAAUGCUGACGCCAUGGUCCUAUAGCCAUUGUGCUUAUGAGGCCGGGGGCAUGCACCCCCUGGACGUCUGCCAUUUUAAAUAGUUUCAGGGGGGUGAAUGCCUCUCAUAAGCGCAAUGGUUAGGAUCAUGGUGUCAGCAUUUUUAUGACAAAUUACAGCUACACCAAAAAAUCAUAGGCCUGGAAUUAAUAACCAAGAAGUCAGUGGCGUAGCCAGCCCGACAAUUUGGUCAUGCUAAUGCAAAUUUCAAAUCAUCAUAAAUUAUUCAUUUCUUUAGAAAUUGAUUGUUUUCAUGGUUUAUGAACACAAAAAUAUUUGCAUAGCAUGACCAAAUUGUCGGACUGGCUACGCCAAGAAGUCAUAUAUUUCUAAUAAUUAAAUCAGUCUGUAAAAUUGUACAUUGUAUUCCUUCACUGCUUAAUUAAUAUAUAUAUAUAUAUAUAUAUAUAUAUAUAUAUAUAUAUAUAUAUAUAUAUAUAUAUAUAUAUAUAUAUAUAUAUAUAUAUAUAUAUAUAUAUAUAUAUAUAUAUAUAUAUAUAUAUAUAUAUAUAUAUAUAUAUAUACACAAUAUACCCUAGUUGCAGAGGUUUAUUUUAAUUGCAUACGGUAUAAUGUUUAAUUAAGAAAUGGAAAAUGAUGGGUCACACCACACCAAUCAGUUUAAUCAUAAUAUCAACUGGUUAUUGCUGCUUUAAAGCUUACUUUCCAGCUGUUAUUAAGACCUUACCGAUUAUUCUCUUUUAAAACCCAAUGGCCUUGUUUCCAUGUUAACUUAUUUUAGCAUGUUAGGGCAGAUAAAGAUAAUAUAUUCCCAUGUUUUCCUGGACGAAUUUGUUUCUAAUGCUGUUCUAAUAGGCUCAUUGGCUCAAUAACAAAGUAAUUUUCAACCCUACUAAGCACAAAGCAUGAGUAAGUAUUUGACAUGAAAACGAGGCCAUUGUGUAAAAGACAAUAAUCAGUAAGGUCUAUUGCAAUGAAAAUAAACCUCUGGAACCAGUGUACAGUGUACCUCAAUGACAGAUUGCUCAGCAUUGCCAUUAUAAAUUAGCUGGGUCAUGUUGUGAGACAAGUGAUUGCAAAACCAAGAUUUUCCAAACAAACAAAGCCUCAGUCUGCCAUUCAUGCAAAAAUGAGCUUUUAAAAUGGUUGAUGAGUAAACAAAAGAGUUUUAAAAUGAGUAAACAAAAAUAAAAUGGCAUGCAUGAUGAUUGUUUUCAGCUGUUCCCAGAUGUUAAGGGAAGCAGAAAUUGUAAAUAAUGGACUUAAUUAUCCAUUCAUACAAAAGAUCCGAAUUUGCCAUCUGAUGGGCCAAUUUCCAAUAAAAAUACCUAAUAUUGGAAUUCCAAAUGGAUUUUGUUGUCCAAGAAAUAACAGCCAUUUAAAGGUGAUGAGCCACAGGCCAGCUAUAGUGUUCAUGUCUUUUAUAUAUUUUAAAUCGAUUGUAUGACAGAAUAUAAUAAUACUUAUUAUGAAUUUUAAUUAAUACUAUGGGGAUUGUAAUAUUAUAUAUCUCUGCUAUAUAAAAGAGGUGAAUACUUUAACUUACAGGAACAUUCUCUGACCAAAGAAGUGAUAAGAAAGAUAUCACCAACGGAAGCACAACUGUUAAAUGAUCCAACUUGUAAUGCAAAAAUUAGAUUUAGGUAAUGGCAAGUUUUAUUUUUUAUUAGUCAAAAGGUGGCAAGAGAAACAAUAUAAACAUCACCCAUUGUUUUACUGAGGUUGCAUGUUGAUGUUAAAUAAAUUUUGUGUCACGUUUAAACGGCCUGAAUCUACAUUUACUUCUACUGGGUACAUAUUACAGGUUUGGUGGAACAGAAUAUCCACCCAUGAUAUUAUUCAAAGUUUUUAUUAAAUGUGGAGAGAAUGGUGUAAAAUACUACAGUGGAAAGAAAAUGAUUAGAGCGGCUUCAAAGGUAAAUUUUUUUUAAGUACAAACAUCCAAAUUUAAACGUAAUAAUUUGCUAAAUGAGAUCAUUUAGUGCACCCUUCAGUUCUGGAAUCUGGAAAGUGCAUCACUUUGCCUCUUCAUGGUCAUCGUUUUAUUUUCGAGAUCUGGCUUGAUUAAUUUACGCUUAAAUUACUUUUUUAAUUGUCUGUACUAACUGUAUAGCAUUCUUCAAUCACGAGGCAUGAUAUAGCUAAAGGUUUCAUUCAUAGAAACGAGGCUCCAUAGCCAAAGCAAUGUAUAAAAUUAAUCACUUUUUUCAGAAAAGAGUAUACUUAAAAAAUAAAACAGAACUAUUUCCAUGACAAUGAAAGGAAAAAUUGUAUAAUGUUAUUCAUUUGUCAUUCCCAUAUAAGGUUAACUUUACUUGCUUGUCUGCAUCCACGACAGGCGACGUUUAUUAAUUCUUGUUUGGGAAUUUGUUUGGAAAACUUUGAGAAUUAUGUAGAAAACAAAGUAAAACAUAUUUUAUAAUUUCCAAGUUAUUAAUUUUCAUUUUUCUUUUCAUAAACUAUCAUUUGAUAAACUUGCAAUCCAUACACCAUGACUUCGAUGCAGCUAAUUGUUUCAUCGUUAAUCAUGUUUAGGCUGCAGAGGAUUCGUGCAAAUUGAUGGGAAAUAGACAAUUUUAUAACCAAAUGAUUAUUGAUGCUUGUCAACAACAUCAAGAUAAAAUUACGAAUGAACUCGACAUUAACACAAUGAAAGAUGUUAUGCAGGUUAAUAUUUAACAAUUAUCACGUUAUUUCUUCUUUUUUCUAUAAGCUUGAAAGCUUUAUAUGGAUUAGGGGUAUUACUUGGGUCAUUGCCGAUUGGGCUGUUGGGUCAUUAAACUGUUGGUAGUUACGUCAUUAGGAAAUUGGGUCGUCGUGCUGUUGGGGUUUUGGACUGUUGUGCCAUUGGACUGUUGGCAUUUUUGGACUCUUGAGGGUUUUGCAUGGACUGUUGUGCUGUCGUUGUGCUGUUUCGUCUUUGGGGUCGAAUUGGAUUGUUGGUUUGUUUGUCAUUAAUAUACUCACUUGUUACGUCGUUAGAGACAGUUCAUUCGUUGAACUUUUGCGUCGUAAGACUAUAGUCUAUAUGGUUCUGGGAGUAUUAGCCUGUUGGACUAUAAUUGUUGUCUACGUCAGGUUUUUUGGUUCUUUGGACGAUUUUGUCCUUGACGUUUCGCGUCAGUACCCAGCUUGCGAUAUUUUGCACUGAAUGCAAUAAUGCAUGGAACGCCAUUCCUUCCUUUCAAUAUCUGUAGUUUCAGAAAAAAGUCGUAUGUUUCUCGUAAAAUAAGAUCUGCAGUACUUAUGCAAUAUUUCUGCAGUAUUUGUGCAAUCUAGAUAAUUUCACAAGUUUCGUUAAAAAUAAAAUCGUAGAAUUUCUGCAGUAUUUGUGCAAUCUAGAUAAUUUCACAAGUUUCGUAAAAUAAAAUCGUAGAAUUUCUGCAGUAUUUGUGCAAUCUAGAUUAUUUCACAAGUUUCGUAAAAUAAAUUCGUACAAUUUCUGCAGUAUUUGUGCAAUCUAGAUUAUUUCACAAGUUUCGUAGAAUAAAAUCGUAUAAUUUCUGCAGUAUUUAUACAAUCUAGAUAAUUUCACAAGUUUCGUAAAAGAAAAUCGUACUCUCUAUUUCUCUAGUAUUUAAGCAAUUUAGAUGAGUGCCCUCCUGAGAAUGGUGGGAAAUCAAAUUGUUGGAGACAGCUAACAUUGAGUGGUAAGUGUAAAUUAAUAUUAAUUCAUUCGUAUUUCUGUUUGAUGUUGUGUCAAACUUCUUCCAAGUUGUUCUUAUCCUCUGUUCUAAACCAGUGGCGUCGUGAAGGCCAUUGUUUUUCAGCGUGUAGUUUUAGAUUUGUUAAUCCGAUGAAAAAUUGGAGUGGCGGUGGAAAAUUAUCAGCAGCCAGUGUUGCGUAUCUUGUGUGCAUCUACUCAUAGAAUCUACUGAACGUUGUUCUAACAUAAAGCUAUCCUGUGUAGCGACUCCCAAAAAAAUAUGUGACUAUGUGUCCCACUGAGUUAAAUUGUCAAGUAUUAUGAAAUCAAUAUUUGCCACUAUUGAAAGGUGAUAUAUUGAGAUAUUUCUCCAAUUUUCUUCACAAAGCAGGAAAUUCCGUUUGUGGAUCGUGUGACAAUAACUGUUGGUAGAUCCUCCCAUGCAGAGUACGAUAAUUCGCGUACUUAUAUAUACAUACCCGAGGCACGCCAAUAUUACGGUCUGGUACUUCUUUGUUUUCAACCAAGUACCACGUAAGUACGCGGAACUCUCGCUGUCUGCGUACUUACAUCUUGCUGGUACCUUAUGACCUUAGGGGCGGACUAUUUGACUUUUGAGGGGGUUGGAAGAUUUCGAAAAAAAGGUUACAGGUCAUUCAUAUACUGUACCCUCCCCCCAUUUUCGAGUACUCUACUCUAUCCCUGCAUGUUUUAGGUUUUGGUGCAGUUAUACAUUCUUUGUAAGUAAACUUGCACGCUUUAGUGUGGGGAACAUUAAGACAUAACCAUAUAAAAUAAAGCAUAGUGAAAAUUCCUUGGCCCCUCUUGGGAUUCAGUUCUCGGCCUCCUCUGACUGAAAACCCCUGCUACGUCUCUGAUGAUAGCUAUAUGAAAGCCUUAAGUUACUGUAAGCCGUUAUUAUGAGAGGCAAAAAAAUUCUGCCGCUAAAUAUAUUGGGAAAAAAAAUCUUGCGCUGCACUUUUACAGGAAAAAAAUAUCUGUCUUGUUCGCCUGGGCGGAAAAAAAAUUCUUACACAGACUGAAUCUUCCCUCAAAAGUCAAAUGGUCCACCACUUACCACGUUAGGCCAAGGUAUUCACAACCGUAAUUUUAAUUAAAAUUCAAAAAGUUUAAACGAAAUGAAGAAUUAUUGGAGUGAUGGAACUAAGGAAUGUUGGAGUUGAUUCUAGUGUUUGUGUAUGCCAUCGUCGUCCUUCUUGUUCUAACUCGUAGUUUUAGGUUACUGAGCGAAUACCUUUCAAAGACUAAAUACACCUUGAUUCUUAAGUUUGCACCACCAGUCAGGUACGACUAAAAAUCUUGAAUUAUCGCACCCUGCUUCCACACGGCUGACGCUACACAUGUUUCACCAUCUCGUUCUGUUCUCUCGUUUUAGAUAUUCCACGUCACAAUAUUGUUCAUGAUGUCGUCACAUACGUAAACAGUGGUAAUAUCUCAGAAAGACUGGCUCUUGAAACGCCUUUCUUUCCUUCAGCUAAACCAGUCACACAAAAAACGCAGCUCGAGGCGUUCCUGGGCAUUGUGAACUCCAGGUAGUGAAUCGAUAUAAACAAUAUAGAUUGAGAAAGUAGUAUAUUAGGAAAAUGCAUAGCACCUGCAGGCGUGGAAUUCAGGACGGCAAUCGCAAUGCCGACUUGGGGCCAUGUGCAUGUCAAGACGGCAAAAAAUUGCCGACCUAUGACUUUGCGAAGGGAGAAGCAGAAGAUGUCGACCUGAGUUUUGACUAAUAGACUGAUGUUUUGAAAUCUCUAAACGUGGUCCAGUAUAUUAAUAUGCCGCAGAUCCAUCAUCUCUAGUUUCUCCUUUCGUUACCCAUUGUUGUUCCUGAAUAACCUAUCUCGUACCCAGAUGUCUCUCAGAGGCUUUAUAUUGUGCUUUCUGGACUUCUUAAGACGCUAAAGGGUAAUGAGGCGGCGCAAACGCUCCUAUGGAAACGCCCUCCACUAGAAAACCUCAGCGGAGGAGAUAAUCUCGUACCCAAACAUGCCCGUUCGCCACCCCUAACCCGAGAUUGCGAAGGAGAGAGCCCAAAUGCAAUUUGACGAACCACAGCAAAUGAACGGAAAGGAUGCGCUUUGGGGAGUCAGAAGUUCAAGUGCACUGUACUGCUCCCAACAGUUCUUUCGCAAUUAUAUAGCGCCUGGCUGCAAAGCAGCUGAAAACUACUUUCGGGAAUAUGAUAUUCGUGUGAAAGAUGAUUUAUUUCAGUGCGAUAUAUUUCGUCGUAAAUAUCAAUUGCGUAACGAGACAUGUAUCUGCUCGAUUUGAAAAGCAUUUUUUACUUUUUUGAAACUGUUGAUGCUCACCCUCCAUCGUAAAACCCCAGACUUGGGCAACAUGCACCCAUAUGUUUUAAUAAAGAUUAUCUAACGAAGUCAGGCGUUCUUAGAAAAAGAAACACUUGCAUGUUAAGAAUAACUGAAACCUGAGGUGUUCUUUAAUUUGUAUCGUAUAUUGCGCUGUCUCGUUUCCUGCUAUCCUCGUGUAGAAUCAUAGCAAGAGCCUGGGAACGAGGUUGAUCCUUGUGUAGAGUCAUAGCAAGAGCCUGGGAACGAGGUUGAUCCUCGUGUAGAGUCAUAGCAAGAGCCUGGGAACGAGGUUGAUCCUUGUGUAGAGUCAUAGCAAGAGCCUGGGAACGAGGUUGAUCCUCGUGUAGAGUCAUAGCAAGAGCGGUUGUUUACAUGAUCCUGGUUUGCUGCGACGGGAUGGAAGGCGGGAUAAUUUUGAUGUAUUGUAAUAAAUCACCAGGCUUAUGCGAAAGUUCAAACGCCGAAAUGUUGUAGAUAAGAUCUCUUAGUUAAAGAAGAUUAUAAACUCAUCACUAGAGAAAUAAUGUAAUUUUGCUGAAUCGUACACUGCGACUUAUUUCAAUACAUCAAAAUCACCCGACUCACAUCUCGUCAACAGCCACUUUAGUUGUCAAAUUUUAUUUUACAAGAUUCGCUGUGCAAACAUAAACUUGUACUACCACACCACACAAAAUACAUACAGGCAGGGGCUCACCAAAAAUUCUCCAAUAGCAGAGUUACAGUGGAACUGUUACCACAUGCUGAAAGACAAUACACUCUUUUGAUAAUUACAUCACAACGACACUGUUUUCAUCUUAGGACCACCUUAAAUGGAAAGGAUUUCAAGUUUAUUUUCUCAUGGGCUAUGCACAGAGAAGCAGAACAUCCUUCUUCAACACAUGCAUGAAAAAAAAUUUUGGAUUUUGAUCAAUAAAGGCCAAUAAAUAUGGAAAUAACCUGAUAAUCAUGACCUGGAGCCUCGUUUUCGUGUUAAAGCUUGUUUCCGCAUUUAUUGGUCAAAUAAAGAAUUAUUUUUCAUGCAUGUGUUGAAGAAGGAUGUUCUGCUUCUCUCUGCAUAGUCCAUGAGAAAAAACUUGAAAUCCUUUCCAUUUAAGGUGGUCCUAAGUUGAAAACAGUGUAGUUGUGAUGUAAUUUUCGUAUUAUGACAUGUACUAAAAAUAAAUUUAUUCUGUUCUUUCUCCCGUUUGCAGCAAUAGUCCGACGAAACGAAAACCUCGUUCUCGUCCGCCACAAACUGGUACAACAGAUAAAUCAGCAGCACGACGCUCACAUCGGGCGAGAAAACGAGUUGAGAAAAUGAAGAAGAUUUAUAGUGCGUCGGCUGACCAGAAUGAGCAACAGGUGAUUAUAGGCUUUGUACUUUAGCAAUUUCUUAUUUAACCUUGUACUUAAUGAUUUAAAUAAACGCUUUCUGAAUAUAAAAAAGACAAGCUUCUAUAACUGCAUAUGUAAAUUGUCUUUUUAAUCCAUUAGACUAUUUUUGUGUUUUCAAAACUAAUUUCACUACUGAAAGCUCAAUAUUGAAAUCCUACUCCCAGUGGUCCAAAACCCAUUUUCUCCGUGAAACAAAUCAAAUCUCAGUUUCCAUUUCACCCCUUCACACAGCACUCUCAUUUUAACGUCAGACCAAAUGGGACGCCCCGUGGUACAAGAAUACAACACGUCGCUUAAAGUUAACAAAUUUUACUGGCUUCAGGCCGUGUAGUACGACUUUUUAUAUAAUAACGUUAAGAAAUCAAGCGCUUUCAUUGGUCGAGAGCCAUGAUCUAUUAAAGGACAGAUGCACGGAAUUACGUCACAAUUAAGGUAGCCAAUAGCAUUCCCUUAUUUGUAUAAAUCAUGUACGCGUGAUAUUUGCAACAUUUCGACUUUUUCAAUAAAAAGUAAGCUAUUUACCUGUUUAAUACGCGGGCUAGGGUUUUUCUUUUUAUUAUAUAAAACAAAUAGAUAAGAUUUUUCCGUUGUCUGUUCACUAUAAAUGCACAGUAUGACAUCAUAAUGUGGGAAAUGUGUUAAAUAUAUAUUUCUUAUGCUUUAAUAGAUUGUGGACAAUGAUGACGAUGAGAAUCAAAAUAGUGAUAUGAAGGAAGACAACUCGGACUGGGAAAAUGAAGCAGAUGAACUGUAUGAAUGGAGUCAAGAUUUAACAUUGGACUCUUUGGGUGUAACUACACCUAUGUUUUAGAAAUUUGUAAAGUAUUUUGUAAAUAUUUUAGGAAUUUAUACAUAUGAGUUUAUUUAGAAUUCAACUACAUUUAUUUAUUAAAAUCC